AUGAAGGCGUAUUCCGGAAGGGAUGCAGCGGCGGAAGAAGCUGGGGUCGCGCUAGUCGGUGUUCAUAGCGAGUACCCUCGCUACGGUGAAGAGCGCGCACUAGGCGGUGGCACGUACAAGGGAGGGGGGACGGCCAAGCAUAAACCUAAUAUAGGAUAUAGAUUAGGUAGAAGAAAGGCGCUAUUUGAAAAAAGAAAACGAAUAAGUGAUUACGCGUUAGUGAUGGGAAUGUUUGGUAUUAUAAUCAUGGUUAUAGAAAAUGAACUCUCUAGUGCAGGUGUAUACACUAAGGCGUCAAUAUAUUCACAAGCACUCAAAACGCUAAUAUCAAUGUCAACUGUGAUUUUACUCGGCCUAAUCGUGGCUUAUCACGCUUUAGAAGUACAGUUAUUUAUGAUAGACAACUGCGCUGACGACUGGCGGAUAGCAAUGACGUGGCAACGGAUAGCGCAGAUUGCUCUUGAACUCGCGAUAUGCGCCGUCCAUCCUAUCCCAGGACAAUAUACCUUUACUUGGACCACCAAGUUGGCUAACAAAGGCGGAGUAAUAGGCGUUGAAGUUGUUCCAUAUGAUGUAACACUGUCUCUUCCGAUGUUCUUUCGUCUGUAUUUAAUAUGCAGGGUGAUGUUGCUCCACAGUAAACUUUUCACAGACGCUUCUUCUAGAAGUAUAGGAGCUUUGAACAGAAUUAAUUUCAAUACUAGAUUUGUAUUAAAGACUCUUAUGACUAUAUGUCCUGGAACUGUGCUACUUGUGUUUAUGGUUUCUCUUUGGAUAAUCGCAAGUUGGACGUUAAGGCAGUGCGAGAGGUUCCACGAUGAAGACCAUGCCAAUUUGCUAAACUCAAUGUGGCUGACAGCUAUAACCUUCCUCUGUGUUGGCUACGGUGAUAUAGUUCCCAACACAUACUGCGGCCGCGGCAUUACUCUCACCUGCGGUAUGGUGGUAUGUAUGAUAACAAAUGGUAGGCUAUAUUGGUUUCACGAUGAAGAACAUGCUAACCUACUCAAUGCGAUGUGGCUUAUUGCGAUUACAUUUCUCUCCGUCGGUUUUGGUGACAUUGUGCCAAAUACAUAUUGCGGCAGAGGUAUCGCCGUUAGCACCGGCAUUAUGGGGGCGGGAUGUACAGCGUUAUUAGUGACAGUUGCGUCGAGAAAGUUAGAAUUAACUAGAGCGGAAAAGCAUGUUCAUAACUUCAUGAUGGAAACUCAACUGACGAAAAAGCUGAAAAAUGCAGCAGCCAAUGUAUUAAGGGAAACUUGGUUAAUAUAUAAACAUACAAGACUCGUCAAAAGGGUUCACCCUGGUCGCGUUAGAACUCAUCAAAGAAAGUUCUUAUUAGCGAUUUAUGCAUUAAGAAAAGUGAAGAUGGAUCAAAGAAAACUGAUGGAUAAUGCUAACACAAUAACCGAUAUGGCAAAGACACAAAACACCGUGUAUGAAAUAGUGUCAGACAUGAGCACAAGACAGGACAACAUCGAAGAAAGGUUAACUAGUUUAGAAGAGAAAUUAACAUCAUUACAGGAGCAAAUGAACAAUUUACCCGAUGUAAUGGCGAGGUGUCUUCAGCAAUGUUGGGAGCGGUCAGAACAAAGAAAGAAUUUCCUUCAUCCUGAUACUGCGGCGGCGCCUACGCCACCUGCUUCCUCUAUUUCCCCAUAUUCUAGAACAUUACCAUCAGCUACACAUCCAUGGCCACCCAGUCCGGUCCAACCGGCGCCACGAACGCAUUCUACUCCAGAAAGCGCAUCUGCUCCUUCACCGCAAGCAACAAGCCCUCACGUAAGACCGCCGCUACCCAGC